CUGGGGCGUCGUACGGGGCGUCUGGCGCGGUGACUCGCGCGCACGAUGCGGCACGCGUUAGCGCUGUUGCUGCUCGCCGCGUUUUCAGCUGCCUCUGCGCAGAUCGCUUGGACGCCGAUUUUCUUGGACGGGAGCAGUCAAGUGGACCUAUGGACGCAAGCGUCGUCGGGAUGCGCGUGCGCGAAUGGCGGCGGGGACGAGUGCGCGUGCUGCGUGCGCGACGGCGCCUGCCCUUGCGGCGACGUAGCGCCUGCGCGCUGCGCGCAGUGCGGCCUCGAGCAGUACUGCGCCAACAUGUGCAACAUAACCAUCGACUCGCGCGUCCUCAAGACCAAGUCAGGGAAGACGUUCGGGCAGAUCAAGUCGCCGUCGAUAGAGGGCCCUGGCGCCUGCUCGUACUUCCUCCAACCUGACGCCGGCCAGCGGGUAGAGAUACAGCUCUACCGGCUGGUCUCUGUUGGGAGGUUCAAUGGCAGUAGCUGCGUUGGCGGCUGGAUCCAGCUAGGCGGCGCUACGGCCGUGCGAGGCGCGGCGGGCGCGGCCGAAACUCGCCUGUGCGGCGCCAACGAGCGAUAUACGCCGCCUGUGGUGCUGUUCGCCGAUCACGGCGCCUCUACUUUAGAAUUUAGGAUAACAGAGAAGACUGUGCGGUCGCAGUUCCUGGCGUUCUUCAGCUUCACUUCUCUGAGCAACACCCAAGGGGUGGGGUUCCACCCGCGCGGGGGCUCCAGGAUACCGCACACAGAUUGCGACUGGAUGUACCAAGACGUGUCGUGUCGCGCGCCCGGCUCGUGCGUUCUGGCCAGUCCGGGGUACCCUGGAUUGUACCCGCCACAUCGCCGAUGCCGGUACCUGUUCGCCACCAACUCAGUGAACACGCGUGUCAAGAUCAUCUUCACCUCCAUACUGCUGCCUAGAAAUCACUGCGCCACAGACUAUCUAACUCUACGGGCUGGAAAUUCGCCGUCAGCGCCGCUGCUGGCUUCCCUGUGCUCAGAGAGGACGGCCAUUUUGGAGCAGCCUGGCCCGAAUUUAUUGCUCGAGUUUAACUCGGGCCCGUUAGUGCCGCCGUACGAUUACAACGGGUUCAUCGCGAAGCUGGAGUUCAUAGAGCGGGCGGACGGCAGCGCGCCCCCGCCUACUGUGGUGCCCGCCUCGCCGCCUCUAGCUGCGCUUACGCAUCACAUUCCGAAUGUGGACAGGGUGGCAGCGAUGGAAAGUAAUGUGGUGUCGAACGAGGUUUCCGCUAACAAUGGUGGCGGGCGAGUGGGGUGCGGCGCCACUGUGCGCGGCUACGGCCCGGGUGGCGCGCGCUCCGGGCACUUUGACACGCGCGCCAGCGGCUGGCGGACCCAGUGCGCAAUACACCUGCUGGGAGCACCCACCGACGUGGUUCAGGUGUCGCUGUUCAAUUAUAAUUUAAGGUUACAAAGCUGUCGAUCUCAUAUUGAGAUCUUGGAGGGGUUACAUGAAUUUGGAGCAAAAGGAGAUAGGGGGGAUCGGUCUGAACGGGGAGAUAGAGCACUGCUUUGGGUGUGCGGACCUUCUGUGAGGGAGGCUCGGGAUCCCUCGGGAAGAUUUUUACUGCGGCAAGCAGUAACAUCAAAGGGAGCAAACUUAACAAUCCUGGUUCGGAGAGCAGGCACACAAAGUGCUGAUGAAGAGGAAUUUGUAGAUGGUGCUUUUGCUUUUCAUGAUGAACUCCACGAAGGCACAGUGUCACCAGACGCUACUUGCGCGGCCACGCACUAUGGGCUGGCCUCGCCGAAGCACGGUGGCGUCUCCGCGCCAUCCCACCACCACAUAUUCUGGAACAUAGAAGAGAGACUGCAGUGUACCCAUCGCUUUAUCCCUGCUGCUAACCAGAGCGUCACUAUCGAGAUUCAGCGGUUAGACCGCAUGUGGAGCGCGGAGCUCACAGGCACGGUCGGCGCCGCGGGCUGCCGGACGGCUUGCGGCGACGCGGGCUGCGAGUGCCGGGCGAACACUCCGCUUCACUAUCACGAUCAUAUCGCGCUGGUGGCUGGCGACGGCACUCACUUAUCGUGCCUCUGCGGCGACUUCCAGGCGGCCUGGCUGCCGGUGGUCGUACGCAGCUGGACGAGCGUGCGGCUGGAGUACUCAGUGGCGCACUACACGUACGCCAGCCGCGGGUUCGAUUACGCGGCCGCGUACAGUUUCAACGACGACGCCAUGUGCGGUCAGCGCACAUACACCACUCACUCAGGUGAAAUAUCGUCGCGGAACGUGUCGGUGACGGGCAGCCUCAACGAGUUCUUCUAUCAGCAGUGCACGUGGGUCCUGGACUCGAACGUUGAAAGGCAGCUCUUCAUUGAUAUUUCCUCGGAACAAUGGCCUGUGCACAUAAUGAAGUCCUACAUUAUUCUAUUUCUUUUCUUUUAUAGGUUAGUAGCUCUGUCAAGACAACAGCCCCUAUACAGGAUACGCUGGCGGUCGCAGGUAGUCCGCUCCGGGACUCGGCUGGGACCUCCCACGCCCGCGCCCAUGCCGGCUUCUGCAGGCUCUGCCAGCCUGACAAGACACAGCCUCGCUAUCUUCAUCUUUGUCUCAUUGCUCAUCGCUCUCCAAAAACACACACUCGUGUACAGUGACGUCAUGUGCAAAACAAUAAGUGCUCGAUAAUCGUGUGUAAAACAAAAGCUGUAAAGUGUAAAAAGUGUAAACAGUGUAUUCGACAAUCACUCUUCAGUCGCCAGUUAUUCAAUUUGACGGUAUAUUGAUGACUGCGAGUGCAAAACUGACAAUGGCGACUGGAAGUUCAAAUUCC